GAUUACCCACCGCUAGCAGAGGGAAGAGGGCUGAGCCUUGAAGCUGCUAGGGGAACUUGAAGAGAGCAGGGGGGGGGGAGGAGGAGGAGAAGAAGGAUUCAUAUAACAAGAGCGGCUGUCGAUGCGCAGCGCAAUUCUCCCUCACUCCAAGUCUUUGAACCAAGAGCGAUAAAAGGGGAGCGGGCUUUCCAUUCAUUUCGAGCCGAGGCAACUUUUUUUUCUUGAGUCCGUGGCGCGGUUCCGUUCACCAAAUACUAUUUGAUAAAACAAACGAAAGAACAUCAGCAGAUCUGAAACUUUACGAGACCUCCGAGUUGGGAAGUUUUCUCCUUGCAUGACAUUUUUUUUUUAAAAGGACUUGAGAACCUGACAGACUUCCUUCACCUACCGCGUGGUGUGGGAUUUUGAGCUGAAUCGGGGGACUUCUCAAAUGCAAAAGUACAUGUAUGAGAAAGCAAUGGCACAAGAGACAAGGAACGGAGGGACCUCUACGUUAAAUAACAACAACGGUGUGAACAACAGUAAGAAGAAGCUGCUGAUUGCGCUCGACAUCUUCUGCCUUCUACUUGCUAGCCUGCCUUUCCUGAUCAUUGAGACUAGCACCAUAAAGCCGUACCAGCGCGGGUUUUACUGUUCGGACGAGUCCAUCCGCUUCCCCCGAAAAGAGGGAGACACCAUUAGCGAUGCCGUGCUUUGUGGUGUUGGCAUUCUUAUUGCCAUCUUCUCUAUUGUGAUCGGAGAAUGCUUCAGGAUUCACCAACUACAUGAGGGAACCAAGGCUUUUGUUGGGAAUCCCUACGUUGCAGCCCUCUACAAGCAGAUGGGUGUUUUUCUUUUUGGAUGUGCCGUCAGCCAGUCAUUUACAGACAUUGCCAAGGUGUCGGUGGGCCGGAUGAGGCCCCACUUCUUAGACGUGUGUAAACCCGAUUUCUCCACCAUCGACUGUAAACUGGGAUACAUCACCAACUAUACCUGCACUGGCACAGAGAGCGACGUACAGGAGGCCAGAAAAUCCUUCUUCUCAGGACAUGCCUCUUUUUCGAUGUUUACCAUGCUCUACCUGGCUUUCUAUCUCCAGUCCAGGUUUUCAUGGCGUGGCGCUCGUCUCCUCCGCCCGCUGCUCCAGUUUACCCUGUUGAUGAUGGCGUUUUACACCGGCCUGUCACGCAUCUCCGACCACAAGCACCACCCAACCGAUGUCCUUGCAGGCUUUGUGCAGGGAGCCCUGGUGGCCUACUGCAUAGUGUUCUACGUGUCCGACCUGUUCAAGCCCAGGGUGAAGCCAGCCACGCCCCCGCCCUCCCCCAUCAAGAAGGAGCUGCUCCCUUCGUCCGACAUCAUCGAGAGGAACAACCACCACAACAUGGUGUGAUCGAAGGCCGCGACCUCGUCCCUGUGACCGAGGAGCCAAUCGCAGCGCUGCUCGCCUCCCAUCGGACAGUAGAAUGUAGCGACGAGAGACUGUUGCUGCGUCUCAAAUGGCACCCUCCUCCCUUUUGCAAUGCCCAGCAGAGGCACCCACUCUUUGGACUAGGGUGUCAGAUUUGAGAUUUGCACAGCAGAGUCCACUCUCACUAUCCAGACUUAUUAUUUACCAUUAUGUUAACUACUAAUCAACAUUUGAGCCCAUUGUUUUUGAGCACAAACAGAUAAGAAUUGGAAGACUAAAAGACAAAAUGAUUUAAGAAAUUGUUGACUUGACAGGCAGAGCUAAAGGGUGUGGAGGUUUGAUGGAAGUGUUGACCACAAGAAGGGAAAACACUUUUGAACGAAAUUGACAAACAAUGA